UUCUGCUAAGUCUUGCUCUUUUUAUUAUCGGUUGUUAUGAUUCUGAGGUCUGAGCAUAUGUUUUCAUCUAAUUAGGUCUGCAUUUCACAUCUAGAAGCUUAAACAUCGAAUACGUAGUUUGUAUAUAUAAUAAGCCUCAUGUAAUCUUAGGACAGAAAAAAUAUUUUCUGCCAGUUACAGGGUAAAAAAAUGGCAACUCCAUUCAUCACUAAGCACAACCUCGCAAUUCUAGCUCUGAUUGCUAGUUUCGUGUUUUCCUGCACUGUUUCAGGGAAUUCAAAUGAGUAUUUCCCUCAAGGAGCUGUCAAUGGAAACCUACCUCAAACAGGAGCUGCAGGCGGAUAUGUUCCUCAAAUAGGUAAUGCAGGCGGAUAUGUUCCUCAAACAGGAACUGUAGGCGCGGAAGAUCCUGCUGAAGUUGUUUCCAAGGCCCUGUCAUGUUUCAACAAUAACUACGUUUAUAGUAGCUGUGAGCAAUCCUACAGAUUGACAGAGAGCGGAAACAUCAACGUGCCACCAGAAUACACUGAUCAGUACUGCCACGGAUCGUGCUUCAGUGAAACAAACCUUGUGCUCAAUUGUAUUGACAACAUAUUAUCCCACUUCUUGUUUUACAACAGGGCUACAAUAUAUGACGUGAAGGCCACGAUCAAGGCAGGAUGUAGCUAUGGUCCAGAAAGAGGUAACUUCAAUGUGGAAGAGCAUAUCCAAGCGAGAGAGAACAGUGCUCAGAGGGAUUCCAAACCUCUCCUGCUCGGGCUUCUAUUAAUGAUUAUGUACAUAGGGACAUAGUUUAGUGUUGUGAUCAUAAUACAUUUGAUCAGUCUGUACUGAGUUUGUAAAGAAAUUGUGGCUUCUGGCAUAUCAUUUGACUAUGUGGCUUAAUUUAUCGUCCUUUUAGAUUCUUUUGUGAUUCUGAUUCACUAAUGCCGAUUUCACUUA